AUGGAGCUCAGUGUCUUUCUCCUCCUGAUUGUCUUCACAGGUAUCUUGCUGCUCUUGACAAAGGACCACCCAAAGAAACAUGGAUGCCUCCCUCCUGGACCCCGUCCCCUGCCCUUCUUGGGGAACCUUCUGCAGAUGGACAGAAAGGGUUUGCUCAAAUCCUUCCUUAAGAUGCGAAAACAAUAUGGGGAUGUGUUCACUCUGCACUUGGGACCAAGACGUGUGGUCAUACUAUGCGGGACAGAGACUAUCCGGGAGGCUCUAGUGGACCAAGGUGAUGCCUUCUCUGGCCGGAUCGAAAUUGCUGUGAUGAAACCAGUUAUCCAGGAAUAUGGUAGCAACUUUGGUAAUUACACACUUUGGAAGAUUAUUCGAAAAUUUGUUCUGGCCACCAUGAGAGAUGUUGAAAUGGGAAUGCGGAGCACUGAAGAGCGAAUUCAAGAGGAGGCUCAGUAUCUGUUGGAGGAGCUGCACAAAACUAAUGGAAAUCUCCAGGAUCCUACAUUUUUGUUCCAAUCCAUCAGUGCCAACAUCAUCUGCUCCUUUGUAUUUGGGAAACGUUUCUCUUACCAAGACCCUGAGUUCCUUCGACUCUUGGGAUUGAUAUCCCAAAUAACUGAAGAUAUGAGCUCCUUCUCCAGCCAGAUGUUUGAGCUCUUCCCUGGCUUCUUGAAGUACUUCCCUGGCUCACACAGACAAGUCAUCAAAAACAUGCAUAAACUCACUGCCUUCAUCAGUCGCAGUGUGGAGAAUCACCGUGAGACCCUGGACUACACUGCUCCCCGGGACUUUAUUGACACCUUCCUGAUCCGCAUGGACAAAGAAAAGUCUGAUCCCAAUACCGAAUUCCAUCAGAAGAACCUCAUGAACACUAUAUUCUCACUCUUCUUUGCUGGCACGGAAACCACCAGCAUGACACUUCGCUCGGCAUUCCUGCUCAUGCUCAAGUAUCCCCAUGUCGCAGAGAGAGUUCAGAAAGAGAUUGACCAAGUGCUUGGCUCACAUCGUGCUCCCACCCUCAAAGACCGAACCAACAUGCCGUACACAGAUGCAGUCAUCCAUGAGAUUCAGAGAUUUUGGGAUCUCACCCCUAUUGGUUUGCCUCAUAGUGUCACCAAGGAUACACACUUCCGAGGCUACAUGAUCCCAAAGGGUACAGAAGUAUUUCCAGUCCUGAGCACUGCUCUCCAUGACCCACAUUACUUCAAGAACCCAGAUACCUUCAAUCCUGAGCAUUUUCUAGAUGUCAAUGGGUCAUUGAAGAAGAGUGAUGGUUUCAUGCCUUUUUCAAUAGGGAAGCGCAUUUGUCUUGGGGAAGGCAUGGCCCGUGCGGAAUUAUUCCUCUUCUUCACCAACAUCCUGCAGAACUUCACCUUGGCUACCACAAAGGACCCUAAAGACAUCAACAUCACCCCCAUGAAGAUUGGUGUGAGCAAACUUCCCCCAUUGUACAAGAUUCGCUUCCUGCCCCGGCAUGAAGAUUGACAAAUGAGCUCAUAGAGGCCUGA